GCCACGGGCGCCUCCCCACCGUAUCUUCAAAGGUCGCAGCGGCUUCGUCGCGGCAGCUAUGAGUGUCAGCAUCAAAGUGUGCAUCCGAUGCAGGCCAUUCACGAUCGACGAUACGCUGGGCGUGAUCAUGACCCAGAAAGGCGACGAGGAAGGGGAAGUCGAGCUCAUCAACUCGAGUUACUCGACAACGAGAUUUGCCUUCAGCUGGUCGUGGUGGAGUGCAUAUGGGUACAAGCGUCAUGUGAAAGGCGACACGUUGCCAGCCGACAACAUGCUCCUCGUUGACCAAACGAUGGCGUACGAAGCAUGCGGAAGCAAAAUCAAAGCCGAUCUUCUGGGCGGAAAUGCUGUCGUGAUGUUUGCGUACGGCCUCAGUGGGUCUGGCAAGACGUUCACCGUGUUUGGGCCCGACGCCGUGGACAUUCCGGAGGCGUGGUUCAAGCACGAGGAGCCUCAUCCGAUGUGGGGCAUCUUCCCGCGGUUGGCGUACGAGCUGUUCAAAGAGAAGCAGGACGGGUGGAAAAUCACGAUGAAGUACUUUCAGAACGUGGUCGACACUGUGCGUGACCUCAUGAGCCCGAUGGCGCAAGAACAGCAGUACAAAAACGGCAUGCGAAAAGACCCCGACGGAUUCAUGGACAUCGAGUGGUGCCAGGGCGUCGUGCUCAAGGACUGGAAUGACCUGCGCAAGACGUUUAUGAGCGCCAACGCGCGCAAGGCCAUUGCGCCGACGCAAUUCAACCACCAAUCCACCCGCGGCCAUUGCAUCAUGACGUUGGAAGUAGAGAAGCCAGACCCUGAGCGCGAAGGAAUGAAGCAGCGCGGACGCAUCUACGUGUGUGACUUGGCCGGGACCGAGCCCGCCGGCGACGUCGUGUACGCCAAUUACCAAAAGAUUCAGUUUGACGAUGGCACGAUCGAAAUGAAGUACCUGGGUCCCCAUCCCGACCCUGCCAAGUCCAAGGAACUGCAGGAUCAAGGGAAAAAAAUCAACUUGAGCUUGACCGAGAUGGCGCAGUUCUUCAUGAAAAUGGCAGAGGCCGUUCAAAAAAAGACGCUCAAGCCAGGCGCCAGCAUCCCUGGCUGCAACUCGUAUUUCCUCUGCAAGUACCUCAAGGACACGAUGCUACAAGCGAGGACGUACCUGUUUUGCGCCGUGCGCCCCGAGGUCACGUACCACAACUACACGUUUUCGACGCUCGGGUUUGCCAAGAAUGCGUCGGUGAUCAAGUUGCAGCCGAAGAAGGCGUCGACGGCAGCAUCUCCGGCCGAGCGCAAGCUCAUGGCCGAGCUGGACGAAAUGAAAAACUUGGUCGCGAUGCUCAAGGCGGAAAACGAGAAAAUGGCCAAAGGAGGCGGCGGUGGCGGCGCUGCUGGCGCGGAACAAGUCGACAAACUCAGCGAAUUGCUCGCGAUGAAGCAAAAGCAGCUGGAAAACGUGCUGAACGGGGAGGACGACGGGGGCAGUGACGGCGGGACGGGCGUCAAGUCUGCCGCGAAAAUGCAAGAGGAAUCGAUGCAGCGGCAAAAGGAAGAGUACGAGAAGCGCGGGAUCUCCCUCACGUUCUUCGAGGACAAGACCACGCUGCCCUACCUGAUCAACUUGGACGUCGACGCGUACCGCUCCAUGCGGUUCAUGUUUAUUCUGUCAAAGCCGGCCACGGUCGUCGGGACGAAAGGCGACAUCAAACCCAUGUCGUUGAGCAUCGUGGACGAUCACUGCUCGUUUGAAAAGUCGCCGGAAGCGAUCGGCGACGAUGGCAUUGACACGGGGAGCCACGUCACGUUGGUUGUCGGCCGUGGGGAAGUCGUGCACAACGGGAAAAAGCUCGAGAGCGGGGCCAAGGUGCCGUUGGCUGCAUUCGAUCGCGUCGCGAUCGGGAACGAGCUCAUGCUGUUUCGGUAUCCGGGCAGGGAAACGCCGGGGGCCGAGCCCCCCACCGCCGACGACGCAGCGAAAGAGUACCAGGAAGCGCUGCAAAGCCAGGACAAAGACGCAAUGAAGGCGUUGGAAGCGCAGAAACGACAAUUUGAAGCAGAGCGGGCAGCAUGGGAAGAGCAAAAGGCGGCGCUCGAGCAACUCCGGUCGCAGGCCGCGACGAGCCAUGCGUCCGCCGAGGAAGUCGCCGAGCAGGAAAAGAAGCUGCAGGAACUUGCCCAGCAGGAAAAAGAGCGACUGGCUCGGCAAGUGAACGACCAAGAGCUGCGCGAUGUAUUGCCCAAGAUCAACGAGCUCAAGCAAAUUGUCGGCGUUCUGAACCGAGACAUGUUGAGCUUUGAAACAGCGCUCAAAGGCGCCGGGGGCGACGGCGAAGGCAUUCCCCAAGUCAAAGUCAAAGUCCACAACAGCCAAACGGAUGAAACGAUCUUACUCGACGUGUUUGAGUUUGUCAAAGCGUACGCAUUGCUGAAAGACGAAGUCGCGUUUCUCAAGAACGCGAUCGCCAACAACCGCGAGUACUCGAGCCCGCCCGGCCACGACCCGAUCACGCUGCUCUUUGACAACUCGUUCCACGUUGGCAGCGUCACGAGCUUCCCCGAGUACUUGCUGUACAAUUUGGAGACGGACCCGGACGAAAGCAAAAUGAACCUCAAGAACGCUGUCCCGCCGUUCAACACGAUCGGGAAACUGGAAGUCGUGUGGACGCCGCUGAGCUCGGAAGACGAGACCAAGCACGACCCGAGUGGUGUCGUCGAUGUCGAUGGCCCGGACGAUCUCGUGGGCAAGCCGUGGACGUACAAGCUCGAGAUCAAGCAAGCGCUCGGGCUGCCGAUGAUCACGGACCUCGCGUACUGCCAAUACGAAUUUCUGGGCGAGAUUUUCACGACCGAGAGCGUCGAGCAAAACACACGCAACCCCGUGUUCAACUACUCCCAUGUCCACCACAUUCCGUGCGUCACGGCCGACUUUGUCCAGUACUUGCAACGCCACCGGUUGGAGUUUCAGCUCUUUAUCAACCCAUACAUCAUGGACCCGCCCAAGGACGCCAUCUCGACCGCGAACGACGCGAUCGUGCGCAAUUUGGGCGGCACCGUGCAAGUCAAGGUGCCGUAUGAAGAACUAGAAGCCCAGGUGAACCUGGUUGAAGCCAGCCGCGCCAAGCUGGCGGAAGAAGUGGCGUUUUUGCGCCAAGUGUACAAAGCGGCCACGGGAACGGACGCGCCACCCUUCGACGGCGCUGCAUCUGUCGCAAUGCCUGGUCGCGACGGCGGCAAGUCGACCCCAAGAAGCAAGUUGGAAACAGCCAAGUCCCGGGAUUCGCUUCUCAAUGCGACGUCCACUUGAGCCGUUCGUGGGCGCUGACGAAGUCCGAUGGCGCUCGACGGGGCUGCCGCCAUGUAUGUAAAAUGGAUGGAAAACGACUCGGUCGCCA